AACAAUUAAAAAUCAACUGAACAUCAUGACAGGAACUAAAAUUGCGCCUCCUCCUAUUGUAGACGCCGCCGGAGACACAAUCGGAAACACGCCUAUUGUUCGUCUAAGAUCUAUUGGUAACAAGCAUCAAGUCGACCUUCUUGCCAAAACCGAAUUCAGUAACCCAAGCGGAUCGAUCAAGGAUCGUGUGGCGCAGAGGAUCCUUGAAAACUUGAAGGCCGCUAAUAAACUCAAGGACAGCAGUGAUAGCAACAGCAACGAUAAUAAUAACAAUAAUAACGAUGGCACUUCAACUACAACAUUGGUAGUCCCCAGCAGUGGUAAUUUGAUUAUCAGUUUAGCCCUUUUAGCACCUAAACAUGGACACUAUAAAGUCAUUGGCCUCGUCCCCGAGCGUACCAGUCAGGAUAGAAUGCAAUUGCUCAAAUCAUUGAAUGUGGAGAUCGUUCGUACACCCAUUGAAGCCCAUGUUGACUCUCCAGAAUCUCAAUUCGCUAUCGCUAAAAAGAUUGCAGCGGACCUCCCAAAUGCUAUUUUGGUGGAUGAGUUUACAGAUGGUGCAAAUGCUCAAGUCCAUAGCCAGGUGACAGCUGAGGAGAUUCUUGUCCAGACUGAGGGCCGUUUGGAUAUCCUUGUUGUUGGUGUAGAAACUGGUGGCACAAUCACAGGACUGGCUAGGACCCUGAAAGCCAGGAUUCCUGAAUUAAAGAUCGUAGGAGUCGAGCCAGAGCAUUCAUCAAUCCAGGAUGGGGUCGUCAAGAGUGGUGCAUGGAAGGUUGAGGAUAUCGGUGGCAACUUUACGCCUUCCAUUCUGGAUAAGAGUCUUGUUGAUACAUGGAUCCAGGUGUCUGAUCAGGAAUCUUAUUCGACUGCACGACGACUUAUCCGUGAGGAUGGUGUAUUCUGCGGCCCUUCAUCUGGAAGUGUCGUUGCGGCCGCAUUACGGUACUCUCAAGGACUCGGUAACAACACUAGUGAUGCUUCAGAUCAGAGGCCACGUAUUCUUACAAUCUUGAACGAUACUGCACGCAACUAUUCUUCAACACUUUUGUCGGACGACUGGUUAUUGGAACAUGAUUUGAUGGAUGAGGCUAUGGCUCGAUCGGUUGCUUAUCAUCGCCAUGAGAAGUAUCGUGCUGCGAGUGUGGAGGAACUUCAGCUACCUGCAGCAGUGACAGUCCCUCCGACGUCGACGGUCGGUUAUGCAUUGGAUCUGAUGUUGACUCGCGAGUUCUCACAAUUGCCUGUCAUCAACCCAACGAAUCGGAAAUUGAUGGGGUACAUUUCGUUGACUGCUCUGACCACAGCUAUGGAGGAUGGUCGUGCCAAGGAAUCUGACCUGGUCUCCAAAUGGAUGUAUUCUUUCAAGAAGAAAGGCAAAGGCGGCUCUCACGCAUAUGAAACUAUCACUCCAAAUACUCCGCUUGCAGACUUGUCAAAGUUCUUUGAGAAGCACUCGUUUGCUGUUGUGACAGAUGAUGAUCGUCGCUGGUGCUUGGGAGUUGCCACCAAAUACGACUUGAUGACCUUUUUGAACCGUCGUCAGAGCAGCGGAAGAGCAUUUUAAAUAGUUUUCCAGGAC